AUGGAGAACAUCGUCGUCCACCCGCAGGGUGACGUCUGCUUCGUCGCAAGAGGAGCAACACCGGACCCACAGAUCAGCUUUCUAGUGAGCUCGAAAGUGGUCUGUCUUGCUUCCCGCCCUUUCGCUGUACUGCUUGGGCCCAACUUCCAUGAAGGUCAGACAUUGGCGCAAGCUGCUUCUCUGCCGAUUCACAUCGAACUUCCGGAUGAUGAUGCGAAGGGUUUGGAUGUCGUGUUCAAGGUGUUGCACCACAAAGCUGGCACCGAUAACCUACCUCUUCCAAUAUUGGCAGCUACCGCGAGACUGGUGGACAAGUAUCAGAUGCAGGAAGUCUUUCACGCACACUCGCUUCGCUGGCUGUAUCAGCAUCUGCGUGGCAGCGGCACUUCGAAAACUCUUCCGGAGUACCUGGGCAUUGCCUUUGGCUUCCGACUGCCAGCAGUUCAGGCGAUCAUUGCAUUCGGCAUGGCUACCAUCACUGGCUUCCUUGCGAGCGCCUAUGGUAAUGCAAGCUGUGCUGCAAGUAGUAUUCGCAACACGGAAUGUGCGGACUUGGUUCCCUAUGGGCAUUGUGAGAGGAUCGAUGACUAUCGGGAAUACCUCAGCACUGUCUGGACGCAUGAGCUCAUGAAGCUAGUCGAACCCAUGACUAUGAAAGAUCGUCAGGCAGCCAAAUAUGGGUCCAAACCGCUGGGACGUCGACCCGAAUCUCCUCUAGUUCAGCAUUGCAACUUAGACCCUUGCUUGCACGACAGGCUCCUCGUCCCACAUUUCUACCAGUGCAUCAGCAACUUCCGCGUGACCGGAACUGAGAACGAUCCUUAUCCACUGCUCUACCAUGCUACGAGACUCAACGACCUUGCAGCAAAGCUUCACCAGCAUCCGAAAUACGACGACUACGAUCAGAGGUUCACGGACCACAGCCACAAGAUCCUCUGCACAGCUUGUGACUGGUUGGAUGACGAUAUGCCCGCAAUGUUCCUGGACUUCUUCAAGCCAACGAUAGGGCGUCAUCGUGCAAUGGAGGCGGACGAUUUGUCUGACCGGCGUGCACUGAAGGCUUGUGGCUGCGGAUACUCUGACACCAUGAGUCUGCUCUUUGGUGAAAAGCUUCCGCACACCUUAGAAGACAUGGAAAAGCUGUCGGAUUUUGUGUGCAACCAGUUUCAGCUUGACCCUGAAAUAGACCUUGACACGAGUGACGAAGAGUCGGAUUGA